AAAAAACAACCCACCCCCCCCAAAAAAAAUCAUUCAAACAAUGCCAAAUGGCUUUUUUGCUUUCAGAUCUCUCAGUCAGGGUCUUCUGCUGACCUCUUUACCAAAACAGACAGCCCGCCUGGCAACCUAACCCGCCAGAACGGAGAGUAUCAUGAAUAUGACUCAGGAAACGAUACUUCCUCCCCUCCCUCCACUCAAACGAGCUCAUCCAGGUCAAAGGACAGCCAGGAGAAAAGAAGUCUAGUCCAUGAUGGCUUUGGCCAUGCCUUCUCGUCCGGGAAGCCCAAACUGGCCAACAGCGAUAACAGCUCUGAUUCAGGAAAUUCCUUCACCAGUUGUUUUUCCCAGACCAAGGGAACAGCUUUGGAAAAUCUGUCUCCAGAUGCCCAGGGACAAGACCGCAGUUCUUCGGAGGAGAAGAAGCGAAACUUGCCCCCAUCCCCAACCCACAGCUCCCCGCUCAGGCCGUGCUCCCGCAGCGCGUCCUACACCAGCACGGGCAGAUCCUCCCCCGGCUCCAGCCGCUCCCGCUCCUCACACCGCAAGGCCUCUCCCAGGUACUCCCGAAGCAGGUCCUGCUCCUCGGGAAAGAGGUCUUCCUCACGUUCCCCCAGCUAUUCCUCCAAAUCCUGCAAAAAAAGUCCUGGGAGUAGGAGUUCAAGGCCUCGUCGGAGCCCCAGUUAUUCCCGCUACAGCCGUAGCAGGGACCGUGAGCGAGAGCACAAGUACAGCUCCAGUGAGAAGGAGUCGCACCGGGAGCGUGACCGGCAGCGUCGGCGCCGCUCCUACUCCCCCCUGAGGAAGCGCCGGAGGGACUCUCCCAGCCACCUCGAAGCUCGGCGCAUCACAAGUGCCCGCAAACGCCCCAUCCCCUACUACCGUCCCAGCCCCUCCUCCUCCAGCAGUGCCAGCAGCUAUUCCUCCUGGUACAGCAGCUUCAGCCGCUCCCCGAGCCGAAGCCGGAGCUACUCCAGCUACCGGACGAGCCGGAGCCGAAGCUGGAGCAGCAGCAGCGCCGAGGGCAGGAGCCGCAGCCGGAGUUCGGGCCCCAGGAGCAGCCGCAGCAGGAGCAGGAGCUAUGACUCAGGAGCCAGCUCCGACAGCCUGCGUCGUUAGGGAGUGCCGCUGGUGGCUGACACCGUGUGCCGGCGGCACCUCCAGAUUCCUGGCAUUCUCCGCUUCCUUCCCACCUACCUGGCCAUCGAUAGCAAUCAUCCCCGAUACUGAUGUGGUGGCAGUGCCGGGUCCCCCUUCCCCGGUUCAGAGUUAAGAGCCCUGGAGCGCCUGAUGCAGCCCCUUUGUUCUGCCAUGGAGUGGGUGGAUCAGUCCCAGCUCCCUGUGCCAGGGCUGGAAGAAGGGUCGGUGCUUUACAGAGGGUCUGUCACGACAGACCUGCUCCAUCCUCCCUGAUGCUCCCGUCUCUCCAUCGCUACCACUCUCCAAAGCACUACCAGCUUUUCCAAAGGAAAGAACUCAGCUCCAGGAACCAACAAAUUAACUUCUGUUGGAGGAAGAGACCCAGUUAGGGAGGAGUUUUACUGGAAAGCUUCCGAGAUCGGGGGGUGACCUGUCCCCACCAAGGCAAAUAUCAGGUCCUUUGAGUCUCUCCUCCAGAGUAGCUGCCCAUUCUGUAGCAGGCCUUUUCCAUAAGAAAAUAUUUAUUUAUUGCCACUCAGCCAGGCCCUGCUAUAAAUAGAAGGCUAGAAAUCCCUCCUGACGUAAUUUCCAGGGAAAAAAAGGGCUGUUUGCUCUUUCUCCUGCCCUUUCCUACUAAAUAACCACACGUUUUGCAGGGUUGUUUUAUCCCCCAGUGCUGACUUGCUUGCAAGCAGCCUGCUGAGGUCUGAAGCAGACAGGGGGCUGGUGGGGUACAAGGCAGAGGGGAGCUGCUGUCAUGCUGCACUCCGAGGGUCAGGCAGUGGCAUGGGAGACAGGGGCCACGUGGUUCCCUUCUUGGAGGAAACCUCGUGCAGUUUGGGUUCAGGUUUUUCUAAAGGGAGCGUUGCCCUUGGAGUGGAACCGUAGGGAGGUGUGGAGACAGCCUGGUUGUGGGGUACAGUGAGAGCACACAGGGUUAAAAGGGCACUGCAUGAGCCAGGGGACCCCAAAUCCCUUUCCUGAAACACGCAGUAGUUUUAAGCAGGAUUUCAGGAAACCAUUUCUCCUUGAGCCCUUCAGGCUGCCCUGAGGCAGGACCAGCAGCACAGUAGUGCUGGUGCCAGGCUGCAGCAGGGUUUACUGGUGGCCCAGUUUGUCACCGGGAGGCCAGAGCAGUGCAAGGGGACAGGAAGGGCCCCCCACUAAUUGCCUGUUUUUCCAGGGAGCCGCAGGCAGUGGCAGGAGGGCCCUGCCUGCCCGGCCUCCCUGGGCCCUGGGGUUUUGUCUCCCUGCCAGCCCAGCUGCCUGCGCAAUUACUGUGUUUUGCCGGGUAACAAAGGCUUCUCCCAGCACAGGCUGAGCUGGUGCUGAGGAGUUUAUUUCUCUUACAACACCUGGGUGCUUAGAGACGCUAAUUUGGACUUCCCACCCUCCAUUUUUCCAUCCCCUCCCCUUCCAUCCUGCCUGAUUAUUAACGAGUUUGGGCUUAAUGAGUCAAGGAGGUGUGUUGUUUAAAUGUCACAGAAAAGGGCUGAGUGGAGCCACCAUCUGCAGGAGGAGGAGAGGGGGUAGAAAGGAAUGCAACCCUCCCCCAACUAAAGAGUUACCUACAGCCCCCCAGUGCUGCUGGCAGCAGGAAAAGGGCCACAGCAGCAAGUGGAAGAAAGCCAAGUGCCACGAGGUGUUGUGGUGGAGAUGGAUGAUCGCCUCAGCAAGCCUAUAAACCUGUUACCUGUUGAAAAGUACAGCAGUGAGGGCUGGAAUUCCACCUGGGUGGUACGAGGGGAAGUUUUAUGCCAGGAGUCUCUUUCCCCGUAUCCUUCCUACUGCUGGUUCCCCUUGUCCUGUGCCUUCAACACCCAAAGUCCCCCCUUUUCCCAGACCCCGAUCCCCAGCCUUGCUCUCUGUAGGUAAUGUUAGGAUGAGGAUGGCUGAGGCAGAGGUGGGCACUGGUGUAGUUGGUGGUUUGGUAGGGACAUAUCUGUCUCCUGGGAUGACACUUUCUAGGACAGAGAGAGAAGCAUUCCUUGUAGGGCUGAGCAAAUGCUCCAGGGCUGUGGUUGAGGGAUCAAAGACAGGGUGUUCUUGCAGUGAGGUGCCACUGCCUUCCCUCCUGUGCUGGCCCUGACAGUGGCCCCUUGGCCACCUUCUGCAGUGAGCUCCCUCUCUAAAGGGCUGAAAACCUUACAAUUCUUCCCCAAAGAGUCUUUCCCAGUCUGAUGCUGAAAUACCCUGUCCUUCUGCUCCUGGGGAAGAUCCAAAGGCAGUGAUGGGAGCUCAGAUCCCAGCUUUACCAAUGUUUCAGGAGCAGCCUCCUGCCCCUUGGCACCCCGUAACACCCACAUGCAGCUGUAGCGAGGAAGCAGCGAGCCAGAAGAUCCAAAAUUAAGAAGGAAAAGAGGAGGGGCUUUGUGCAACUGGUGUAAAUACCAAACACACAUCGUGGCUGGGGUUGGACAAUGGAAGCACCACACCAGGAUCAGCAGCAUCCACUCACCAUGGGACAGGAGAUGACCCUGAGGGUUGCACAGGGCUCUCAAACCUGUCCAGCUGAUCUAUGUUUCAAGGAUUGCAUCUGCCUGGACAGUCCAUGGCAGCUAAACGUUCCUGGGGUUUCCCAAGCAGACUUGCAUAGGAUUAAACCUCCUAAAUUAUUUAUUUAUUUAUUAAUUAUUAUUAUUAUUAUUAUUCUAUUUUUAAUUCUAUGUCAGAAUGUAUGCAAGUGGUCACUGUUACCAGUAUUUAUUUUUUUUUUUUUUAACAUUAAGUUAUUUUCGGAUUUGUUUGUUUGUUUGUUUGAAUGUAUCCAUGCUGCCGGUCUCAUGUAAAGGUUUACAGCUCUGGCCCCUCUUGCUGAGGAGUGACAGUCACUCCUGCUGCCAACG